AUGAUCAAAGCGAAUAAUCUCGAAGAGCAGCUUGAAUGGCUCCGGCAAACAAAGCCAAACCUACCGUGUCCUCGUGUUAUUUCUGCAGCACUCAAGAGGUACCCGAAAGAUAAGACAUCGGCAUCGAUACCAACGCGUCAGGAACAGCAGCAACGACCGGGCAUAUCUGAUCCAUUGCAUGAAGACGUAUCCAUAAUAGGCGACUAUGUUGUCACUACCUUCUCACCUGAGAGCGACAAGGAGAAUGUACCACCACCAGCACCUCCGUCGCGACCUCGACCAAGUCAACAUGACCUAGAUUCAUCAUUCAACUCGUCAUUCAACGCGUCUUCUUCUGCAUCGGUAGUACUGCAGUCACUCACGCAGCAGAAUCGAGGGACAGCUGGCAAAUCCAGGAAAACACAAUCAAAACUACCGUUGGGGUCAAAGUUUUUCAAACCACUGGCAAGUAACCCGUCUGUGCGAAGUCAAUCCAGCCCCGAGAAUGUGAUUGACUUGACACUCGACAAUGACUCUCCUAGAAAGCGACCUGCAGAGGAUGAAAAUUCUGCACCAAGCAAAAGAGCCAAGCCGGAUAAUGCAGAGCGGUAUUUGGAACUAAUACGAUUACAAGAAUCCAAGAUCAAACUACUAGAAGAGAAAUUUGUCAUUAGCGAAUCUACUUCAAUAUCUUUGGAUCAGAAAAAGGAGCACUAUGUCGAAUUGCAGGCCAAAAUUACUUCUUUGGAUCAUUUGAUUGCCAAGUUGAGAGACGUGACCAAGGAGGUUGCACUGACGCAGCCUGAAGUGACGGAAGAGAUCGAGGACACCACUAGUGAAGCUCAAGUGUUUAGAGCUCCCGCCAGACCUACUAGAAUUGCCGAAGCAAGAGAAAUUGUUUCAAAUAUGGGUGAUGAUGACAUUUUGGAUAUAGAAGAUGACUUUGGCAAUAACACCAUGGAGGGGUUGAGAACACCAACACAGGAGCGAGACGAUGUUGAUGAUUUGGGAAGCUUUAUAGACGACGCAUCCAUACCCAAUUCACCUUCAAAUGAUGAAUUCUCAGACGACGAAGGUUCAGGGGUGAUUGAGAGUCAAGAGGUGCAUAAUCUUCGAUUGUCGCCUGAUGUUGCGGAAAAGUAUGGCAUUCGAUAUGAUGAAUCUGUGCCUCCUAGUCCAAUCAAUGGAAACCUCGACAAUGAUUACGUGGAAGAUAUUGAAUUUUCGACCCAGCUCAAUCAGGAACGAGAAAUUGAUGUUAUUGAGCUCUCUGACUCAGACGAGGAUAUCGAGUUGGCUGAUAACACUGCACUUGGCGAUAUGCCAUUACCUGCACGCAGUAUGCUUAGCUCGUCUGAUUCGAACUCCAAUGCAAAUCAGCCACCACUUAUAAACAUGGAGAGUGAAGAUGAUUUUAGUGAUGAGGAUGAGGAGAUUAUGAAAAUCAUCAAUGCCCCCAAGCCAACGUCGCGAAUAAUUCCAGAAGGGUCCGAAGACUUUAUUGACGAAGUGUACGACACGCUAAACAAAGUAUUCAAGCUACAAUCUUUCCGCCCUAAUCAGUUGGAAGCUGUUGUUGCGUCACUCUUGAAUAAAGAUGUCUUUGUUUUAAUGCCCACGGGAGGAGGGAAAUCUCUUUGUUACCAACUUCCAGCGCUAAUCAAAGGCGGCCAUAGCAAGGGCACAACCGUUGUGAUAUCGCCGUUGAUAUCGUUAAUGCAGGACCAAGUGCAACAUCUCAUUCACAAAAACAUCAAGGCUGGUAUGAUAAGCUCAAAAGCAAAUAGCGAUGAUAACAAGCACACGCUAAACCUCUUUCGUGAGGGAUUUCUCGACAUUGUAUACUUGUCACCAGAAAAAGCCAACAAAUCAACAAUGAUUCAAAAGAUUAUUGGCAAAUUGUACGAGCGCAACCAGCUAGCACGUGUUGUGAUUGAUGAAGCGCAUUGUUUAAGCUCUUGGGGUCACGAUUUUCGUCCAGAUUACAAGGGGAUGGGGUUUUUCAAAGAGAGGUUCCCGAGGGUGCCCAUAAUGGCGUUAACGGCCACUGCUAAUGAAAAAGUGCGGAUGGAUAUUGUCCAUCACUUGAAGAUGGACUCACCGGUGUAUCUCAAACAAAGCUUCAACCGAACCAACUUGUACUACGAAAUUAGGUGGAAGAGUGGGAACUACCUUGAGUCCAUCAAGGACUACAUAUUAUCGCGGUACAAGAACAAGUGUGGGAUUAUAUACUGCCACUCAAAACAAUCGUGUGAGCAGACCAGUGCCAAGUUGAAUGAGUUUGGUUUGAAAACAUCGUUUUACCAUGCAGGAAUGACCCCUGAAGACCGUUUCAAGAUACAAACCAACUGGCAAAAGAACAAGAUUCAGUUGAUUUGUGCAACUAUUGCUUUUGGUAUGGGAAUCGAUAAACCUGACGUCAGAUUUGUCAUUCAUUUAUUUAUUCCCAGAAGCUUGGAAGGGUACUAUCAAGAGACCGGAAGAGCAGGGCGUGAUGGCAAACCAUCAGAGUGUAUCAUGUACUACUGCUAUAAAGAUGCAAGGUCGUUGCAAAACAUGAUUCACCGCGAUGCUGACUUGACUGAGGAAGGAAAAGAGAACCACUUGGCAAAAUUGAGACAAGUUGUGCAGUACUGUGAAAACACCACCGAUUGCAGACGGAAACAGGUUUUGCAUUAUUUCAAUGAAACAUUCAACCCCGUCAAUUGCAAGAAGCAGUGUGACAAUUGCAAAAACUACAAUCAUGUAACGGUUGUUGAGAAGGAUUGUACGCUUUACGCCCAAGAUAUUCUAAAGCUAGUCAAGUCGAUUCAAUCUGAAAAAGUGACUGUCUUGCAUUGCCAGGAUGUGUUUCGAGGCCUCAAGUACAGUAAAAUCACCAAAAUGGGUCACAACAAUAACCCUUACCAUGGGAAAGGGAAGAGCUUGGACAAAACAGAUGUUGAGAGAAUCUUUUUCUACUUGCUCAGUGAGGAGUGUUUGGUUGAGUACCAAGUGAUGAAAGGUGGGUUUGCUUCAAAUUAUGUUAGAGUGGGCAGAAACUCGACUAAAGUGUUGAAUGGCAGAAAAACAAUCAAGAUUCAAUUUAGCUCAAGUCUGUAG